UCCCUAAAGUCAGUGUUAAGUCAGUGACGGACGAAGCAAGGCGCGCGUCAGGUCGCUCCCGGUCGCCCAAACACGAGUCCUGGGAAAGCAAACAGGAAAUGAUCUUGAGCACCCAUUGUUUGUUUACGGGUUGUGCAACGGCUACCUCGAAGGCUUUUCCGGGUCCUGAAAUAGACAUUCGUGAAACAGAAAACAGUAAAUAUUUGUUUUAUUAAUGCACUACGUUAGUAAGAGGCCAAGUGUCCUUGUGUUUAUGUAAAUUGCUGCGUACAAAAGUGAAAUAUUCUCCGAACCUUUUGGGGGCCACGAUAAGGAUCCCAGCGCCAAUAGCGUCAGAUAAGAACUUACUGCACCGUUGGAAUCGCCGCAACACAAUGUCGGGGAGAGCCACGACGGACUCACUCUGAGGAGAGCGACCUUACCCAGCGAAAGAGGGGAGAGAAGACGCAGGGUUUGCUUGCGAGUCUCCAGCUUCCGAACUCAUGUGCAGGAACCAGCCCGUGCAACAGUCAGGUGACAAGAUGCGCGGGGGUGAAGAGAGUGCCAAGGUGCCCUCGUCCCCCCCGGGGCGGCCGAGGCAGCAGCAGGUGUCUCGUCUGCGCGUCGUGGUCCUGGGAGCCGAGGGCGUCGGCAAGUCAGCUCUGACGGUGCGGUACCUGACGCGCCGCUACAUCAGCGAGUACCGUCGCUCCAUCGAUCUGUUGUACCGCCACACAGUGUGCCUUGAUGACGUCACUUCCGAGGUGGAAAUCCUUGACGUGUCCUUCCGAGAGAGCGAGCACGAGAGCGUGUCCCCGGCGCAUACCCGUUGGGGCGAAGGUUUCGUGGUCGUGUAUUCGGUGGACGACCUUAUGUCCUUCCACGAGGCGCGAGUGAUCCUGGACGGCCUGCAGCGACUGAAGGCGCCCUUGUACGUGCCCGUCAUCCUGCUGGCCAACAAGCGGGACCUCGACCCCGGCAGACAGGUAUCGGUUGAGGACGGUCAGGCGCUGUCUCUGCAACAUGGGUGCCAGUUCUACGAGGUGAGUGCCGCCGAGAGCCACGUCGGCGUGACACUGGCAUUCCAGGCACUGCUCAGGGAGACCCGUUCACUACAGAUGACCCGCCCGACGCCACGACAGCGCCGCCUCUCUAUCGUGGCCGUCUCCAGGAUGAUUGGCUCCUUAAUUGGCAGAGGCUCCGACCCACCCUCGCCCACCCUCAGACCCACCGUGGUCGUCCAAGAACCAGCGGGAAAGCGCGCCCUCAGAAGGAAGGACAAAAAACGACCAUCCUUAAGUCUUUGAAAGGUCGAGAAAAUGACGACUUUCUUUGUCACCGAAAAGUCGAAAAAAUAUCGUUUUUCUUUAAGUUUCUGGAAAGUCGAGAAAAUAACGACCUUCUUUGGAGGUCGAGAUGACAACGACUUUCUUUUCCUUAUUUUAUGUCCCGGAGAAUUCGGGUAAAUGUGAGUGAAUGUAAAAAUAGUUCCUCCCAUCGAAUAUAUUGGAAGAGAAAAUCUGGCAACAAAAGACCUCGACAAAAUGGCGGUGGCGGAAGUGACGUUGAUGGAUGAAAUGUAGUUGUGUGUCUAUAUAUAUAUAUAUUUUUUUUGUGGGGGGGGGGGGAAAUCUCCUUGAUUUAUUUUAUCUGAGGAGAGUAUCAUCAUCAAAAUAUGCUCCCGUGUGCAGUUUUGCACAUAUCCUGAAAGUAGACUUGUUUGUGUGUGUGUUUGUAAGCGUGCUUAUGCAAAGCAUUUAUGCAAAUAUAUACUAUUUACUGUGAUAUUCUUCAUGCAUUCGACCAAUAUAUUAUAUACUGAAUUUUACGGGCAGGUUAAUGCCAUGUUUUUUCCUAACAUUUUCAUUAUAUUGUCACACAUUUCAAGAUCCCUCAUGUUUCAUAAUAUUUUUAUAAUAAAACGUAUAAGAUA